AAAAGUAGUGGUAUUUGAUUGGUCCAUCGUAAGCGAUUUCCUUUCCGGGAAGAUUGCAGGGUGUCGAGAAUGGCAGAACGUGGGGAUAAGGAAGCUUUUGUGACCUUGGCGACAAAUGACACAUAUGCUUUAGGAUGUCUCGUCCUUGGAAAUUCUCUUCGACAAAGGGCAAAAACUACUCGCAAGCUAGUUGUCAUGGUUACACAAGGAGUCUCACAGUCAAUGAGGAACCAGUUAUCCCGAGUUUUUGAUAUGAUUUACGAUGUAAACCUCCUGGAUAGUAGAGACUCUGCGAACCUUCAGUUACUAGGCCGACCUGACCUUAGCGUGACCUUCACAAAGCUUCACUGCUGGCGACUUACAAUGUUUGAGAAAGCUGUAUUUUUAGAUGCAGACACACUGAUCUUGCAGAAUGUGGAUGAACUUUUUGACAGAGAGGAACUGUCCGCUGCUCCGGACGCUGGCUGGCCUGACUGCUUCAACUCCGGAGUUUUUGUCUUUCGUCCAUCAGAAGAAACUUACAAUUCACUCAUUAAGUUUGCCAUGUCCCAAGGAAGUUUUGAUGGUGGAGAUCAAGGACUGCUGAACAUGUACUUUAGAGAUUGGGCAACAAAAGAUAUAGCUAGACAUCUUCCAUUUAUCUACAAUGUUGUAUCUCAGGCAUUUUACAGCUAUCUUCCAGCUUUCACACAGUUCAAGGACUCUGUAAAAAUAGUUCAUUUUAUUGGUGCCACAAAGCCUUGGCAUCACCCCUACAAUACUGCCACAAAGGAGGUCACGCCCCUUCCAGAAACUGGACACAACAAAGACUAUCUACAAAUAUGGUGGGAUAUCUUCAUGACCUUUGUUCAGCCCACUUUAGACCCAUCACUUACCUCUACCUUAAUGUCAAGUCAUAUAGAAGCAAAUCCACUGCAAGGCAUUGAACCACCCAAAGCUACAGUCCCCAUUAUAUAUCCAUAUAAACCUCCAGAUAUUGAGGAUGUUUCUUACCAUUCCAAAGCACAAGACUCUUCCGCACCCUCUGAAAAUCCCUCUGAAGUGAAAGAAAUCCCCGUGAUAACCCGAAUUUACUCUAGUCUGGAGUCCCAUUAUGCAGAGGAACCAAUUUCUGUGUACAAUCAAGAAAAUAGGGCAGCUGCUAAAGUUCUGGAGGUUCCUCAAGUUGUGAAAACAUGGGCAGCAGUCAAUGAAAUAAAAAAGGAAAUAAAUAAUCCUACAGUUAAAUCUGAACCAGGUUGUGUUCAUGAACAAGGAGUUCAAAAUAGUGAACUGAACAUUGGUGAAGUAAGCCCAGAUAUAACAUCUGAAGAAUCCAAUUCUUCAGAAAAAGAAAUCAACAAAGAUAGUGGUGCUAGUGGUUAUACUAAAAAUAUAGAGUCCACAGAGGAAGGUGAGGGUGGGUUGAUAGGUGAACUUGCCUCUCUGUCCAUAGAGUCAAAAGGAACCUGUGGGGGCUCCCAGGCCCAUCUGAGUGAACAGGAGCGAAAACUGAACUGGGAACGUGGCCAGGUGGAUUAUCUAGGUGCUGACAAGUUUGACAACAUUGAAAAGAAGCUGAACCAGUCCAUGGAAGGCCCUGCGGAUGACAGCAAAGCCUUCACUAGUCCAUUUAGCAGUAUCUCAGUCACCAGCAAAGCUGUCAAGCCAAAAGAAGAACCUAAAGAAUAGUUUUGUUCAAAUGGAAGUGCUCUACAAGAAAUUACAAUUAUAAAUUGUUAAGUGAAGGCACAUUUACAUGUUAUGUAUGCUGAUGAAUGUGGAAUGUAUUUACAUUGACAGUAUUACAACAUACAGUUAAUUUCAACAAAUUCAGUUAAUAAAAGAUGUAAAGUGGGAAAAAAUAUACUUCCCACCUUUCUAUUCAAAAGAAAUAUAGUCCAGUCUUUAAAUUAACUUCCACACCUUUUUCCCCCAAAAGCAAUACAGUCAAAUCUUGAUAUCUCAGAUAUUGGAGGGAGUGACAAAUUUGAACUAUAUAAGAAUUCAAACUGAAGAGGCUUUGUCAUCAGUUCACUUUGACAUAUCCCUGGUAUUCAUCAUAUCAAAGUUUGAGGAACCAGAAUUGAACUGUAUGUUGAAAUAUUCACAAAUGUAAUUCAUUUUAUAAUGAACAAAGAAAUUUUAGAUAUUCCUGGAGGUACCAUUUAAGCUUUACUUUAAUUAAUUGAAACAUCUACCUCCAUAUAUUGUCAGAGUUAAUAGUACAGUAAAACUUGUCCAAUCUGGACAUUACUGCUUCUAUAGAAAUUUGCCAGAUUAGACAAUGUAUUUUUUAAAAAUUGAGUUAACUGAAAGGGACUUAAGUUUUAAUCUUAAUAGGCAAGAUUUGGAAUACACAAUAUCUGGAUCAGACAAGUUUUACUGUAUUCCUGGACAGUUAUCUCUGUUCAAGUACUGACUCUGCUCAGAAAUACCCUUUCAAUAGUAUAUUUACAUGAACAUUACAGUUAGAAUAUUGUAAUUCUGACAUAUAUACAUAGUAGAUUAUUAACUUCUAGAUUUCUGGGAUAAGGAAGAAUACAUGAGAAUUACAAGUCAGAUGAUGCCUGAGUGGUCAUAUGAUCUUUAGAUGUUAGAGUGAUCUUGUGACCUUCAUUUCUUUAGUGGUCAUGUGACAUAUGAUGUGGGGUGUGUAGAUGACCUCGAAUGGCUUUGUUAUUAAGAUUUGUUAUUACUGGAGUUGUUAUUAUUUAACAAAUUAUUGAUGCAUUGUUAUUGAAUGUCCUAAAGGCUUUAAUGAAUAUCAGCAUGAUCUUUUUCUGUUACAUGUAUUUAUGGGUGCUUGUUUGAAUUGUUAAGAUGAAAGCUGUUCCUUUAUUGCUGAUCAGAAUGCAGCUCAGUUUGCCUUGUUUUUGAACUACAAAAGGGGAUUUUAUGGAUUUUUGUAAAAUUUAUUUUAAGUCCAAUAUCAGGUUUUAAAUUGUAGUUUGUACGAUAUUGCAAGAAAUGCAUGCAAGGGCUUAUUUAGCAGUGGCAGUCAAGUUACAAACAGUUUACCAGUAUUUAAUAGCAUUUCAAAAAAUAAUAGUAGUAAUAACAUGAAUUUAACAGUAUUCUUAUUGCCACGUAAGGUUUAAAUGUGUGAUCCUCACAGCAGUUUCUGAAGUAAAGUACAAAUUGCCAGCCAUUUCAGUAUAGAUCACAUUCCAUCCAGAAUUUGUGAUAAUUUUGUGCAAUAUGUUAAGGGGAAGUAAUCCUACUUAUCGUGGCUGUGCCACUGUCUGCUUGUUUCGCUGAACCUGUUAUAUAGUAGAAAAGACUAAAAACAGAUAGGAUUAUCAAAUAAACAACAUAAAUUUGGCAGCUUCAACUUUUCAUAUAGUGACUUUUUUUCCUGCCUCUGCUGCUUGUUGGUUGAUUACUAUUUUAUUUAAGUAUUGAUGUAUUUACUCUUUAAGUAUAUCUUAAAGUUUGUGAAAAAAAGCCAAAAUUCUUGGAAGUUUCUCUCAUUUUAAAAUAAAUCCAUUCUAAAUGGUGUUUAAAUAUUAAUGGAAUAAGUAAAUAAGAAAAUCUUAUUAUUAAAGUAUAUUUGCUUUAUUACUUCCAGUAAUUAGUAGUGGAUGCUUUACAACACUUAAUUAAUCCUUUUAUUAUGAUUUUUUGGGUUGAUUACAUUGUUAAGUAUACUAGCUUCACAUAUCUGAUAAAAAAUAUUUGUCCAUGCUGAUGCAAUUCUAUCACUGAAACUUCUUUCAUUAUGGAGGAUAAAAUGACAGUAUAGGUUGAUUACAAAAAAAAAACAAAUAUGGUAAACAAAUAAAAUGCAUAAAUUCCUCCUCAUUUCGUCCUGAAUGGUGAUCAGUGUUUUUGGUUGUAUCUAUAAUCCGUAAGAGGUUGAUCAGUGUUGGACUCGAUAUCUCAGUUACGCCUAUUUUCUAUGCAAGUAGGACUUGAUUAUAUUUUAUAAUGCCCUUCAGUUGUCUUCCUAUCAUUCAAUAAUUUUACCAUGUAAUAAAGCAUCAGCAUAUUUCUUUUGAGACUGAUGCAGAAAAAUUAGUAUUUUGACUAGUCAAAUUCCACCUCAAAAAUGUUGGCAUUAUAAUUAAGUGUUCAGCAUAAAAUAUACUAUCUCGUGUGCUUCACUUUACCUCAGAUUUAUAAGCAUAUUGCAGCCCUGUACUCUUCAGUAAACAGUUUGCUUUAAGUGACAUUAUUUGUCGCCAGUCAUUUCAUAAAGAAUUUUCAUUUAGUGUUUUUUCUUUUGCAACAUUAGUCUAUUAUUGCCACACAUAUCUACACCUUUUGUUUAUAAUAAGGAACAUACACGGAACAGAUCUCUGUGUGUCCUAUCACCAAUAGAAAGUUCCAUUAUGUUGAUCUAAGAGUCAUUUUGCUUGAUAUGCUGACCCCAAGUUAUUUUGCCUAAAAAUAUAUCAAGUGCUGGAUUUUGUUGCCUUUCGUAUAUUGGUAGCUUGGUAGUGUGAUAUUGUUCAAAGCUUUCAGAUUUUCAUAGUUCUACAGGAUUGAGAUGUCGUAUUUAUUUAGUGAUUGAUGAAGUCAAGUUUUGUGCAGUAAAGAGGUUUUUUUCUUCAAGAUAAUGAAAAGAAAAUUCACAAAGGUUGCAAGAAAUGACUGUUGGAAUAGUAUUGUGUGUAAUAUGUAUUUAUGCACUGCAGUACUAAGUGGCUUUGAAAUACUGGUAUCAGUAGUGUUUAUUGAUUUGUUAAUACUUAACUACAUGUAUGUUUAAGUUCUCUGAAUAUUUCCUCCUUUAUUUCUUAGGAAAUCUGAUCACUGGGUUACAUAUUUUUUUUCUACAAUGAUGCACCAUUAAUACACUUACAUGUAUAAACAAAUCAAGAAACAAUUUUAUAAUUCUGUGUAUUGGGCAGUGCAAGAAAACAAAAUUAACACAUCUACAGGUACAAAUUUAGUAAGAUUAAUUUGAUAAAGGGUGAAAGAUCUCUUCCUGUCUUUGGAGCUUACAUUUGUUUUGAUUUUGCCACUUUGGGAAUUAAAUCGUACAUUUGUGGAUUUUGAUUUUGAUUUCCUAGCCCUAUUCAUGAUACCUGUUUGAAGAGUUUAAUGACAAGCAUCAAUUUAAUCACAUUAAUAUUAGCUGUUACAAGAAUAUAACUAUUUAUCCCAAUAUUAUACACUAUGAACAUGUAGAUUUUCUGAUGUAUAGCCAUAAUAUAUUUACCCUGUUUAAUUAUCUUGUGGAAUGGCUUUGAUAAAAGCACUCUGGGUUACUUUAUAACAAAACACAAGGAUUUUUUUUUUAAUUUUCAAGUCCCUAAUCCUUAGACUAGAUAAUCUUGAUGUGCCAUUUCAAAUGUUUUAUGUAACAAAGUAAGUGUAAGCUUUUGGUGCUAUGGAUCCCAUUACCAAGAUUACUGUAUAAAUCAUGCAGGUUGAUUGUGUACUUGUAUUAUUUUUAGAAGCAUAAUAAAUACUGAUAUUAGUAUAUGCUGCUUGAAGAUAUUUUUUUCUCUCUCAGUUUUGGACAGAAAGUUAAACUUCAAUUGUCUUGAAAUCCUAAAUAUUUUAUGAUCAUGUUGUUGUUUGUUUAUUAACAAGUUAUGUUAAUUACUGAAAAAAUCUACAUUUACUUGUAUAUCAAUUCAAAACAGUUGUUACCAUGGGAAUGUUUUGUUGAACAAUUCAAAAAAUAAAGAAUCCACAUGCUGAAAGCUUGAAA